GGCCUUCUCACAAUACCACUAGGCCUCGUGUUAGCAUCUCCCGGACUGACAAGAACGCAGGUGCUGUGGUCUACUGUCUUUAUAUAAGCUCCAUGCGAUGUGUACUGAAGGAGUCAUCCGUUCCGAUCCUACCCUCUUCACAUGAUGAGAAGCUUUCCGAUCGCAGAAGCACAGCUGGCUGCGCUGUUUAUGCAGAGCAUUGCAUAUGGUAUGCACGCAGUGACAUUCGCGGCAUGCAUAUAUACCUGGUUCCACCAAUCGUACAGUUCCGGAGGGCGGAUGUCAGGUCGCUGGCUUUGGAUGUUCGUCGCCGUCGCUUUCUUCGUGAUCGGUACCUGCGACGUGUCUUUCAAUUUCUACCACAACGUCAUCGCCUUCAUCGUCUACAAGGGCCCCGGAGGUGCAAAUGCGCAAUUUGAUCAAUUCUCUAAUUGGGUCAAUUUCAUGCGGAUCUAUCGCUGCUGGCUCGUGUACACAGAAUCACCACAUAGGACAAUCGUCGGGAUCGUACCAGCUAUACUAUGGCUGGCAUGGUUAUCCAUCGCAAUCGUACUUCUUUAUUACGCCGUGACCCUGAACACGGCAACGUCGAUCCCAGGAACUCUCGAAAUCCAGCCUUUCGUCUAUGCGUUCUACUCGACGACGUUAACAAUCAAUGUGUUCACAACGGGCCUUGUCAUUGUCAGACUCUGGAAAUUUCAUAGGCGUAAUGCAGAGCUAUUCUCGCGAAGCUGGCGAGUCCCAGGCCGAAUGGACUGGGCUCGGUACACCUUGAUCAUAGUGGAGUCGGCCCUUCUGUACACGGCGACUGUCGUCACUUGCAUUGCGCUGGAUCUUGUGGGUACGAAUGCGUACUAUGGCAUGACAGACAUUGUAAGUGAAGACUCAGAGUGGAAUCGGCACUUAUACAACUUUCCUCUGACACAUCCGAUUUUGCAGAGUCUAGAAGCUGCCGGUAUCACCUUCGACCUCAUCAUUAUACGGAUCUGGACGGGAGUAUCAACAGAGCAGACUCAAGCUUUCAUGGAUACGGUGCAGCAUGCAUCCAAAGUGGUGGCGACUGCGCACGAUGAACAAAUCAAAUCUGCUCCGUCAGCUUUCACGGCCCGGGAUGUAAACACCUUGGACCUGACCCAGGCCCUCCCCGGUGAUCAUGACGAUCAACUGGAGUGGCAGAGGAAUGGCUCCGGAAACCAUGUAUGAUCGUUCAGACACAGGCCGCAUAUUGCUAGACCACUGACUGUAUUCAUGAUGGUGUACUUCGACUUUCGAUUUCGGUAGGAGAAAACUGUACAAUUAGAACUCGUGUCGUUCAAAUCCCUCCAGGAUAAUCAAGCAAAUAUGGCCGUCGAGAUGUACAUAUGUUACGACUUACGUGAAGUUAAUGAACCGUAACCCUGAGGACGACUGGG